AUGGGAGAAACAGGAGAUGAUUCAAAAACUCUUAGGGAGUUGUUCUCACCCAUAACCACCAACCCUUCAUCUUGCAUAGUAUUGCCUGCAACCACUGCUGCACAUUUUGAGUUAAAGCCACAGAUAAUCCACCUUCUUCCUACUUUUCAUGGAUUGGAUAGAGAAGAUCCUUAUAUGCAUGUGAAGGCUUUUCUUGAGAUUUGUGCGACUUGUAAGUUUCAGAAUUUCACUGAUGACUCUAUUCGCUUGCGUUUAUUCCCUUUUUCCUUGAAGGAUAAGGCAAAAGCAUGGCUUAAUUCUUUGUCACCUGGAUCUAUCACUUCAUGGGAAUUGUUGGUCACAAAAUUCCUCUCUAAAUUUUUCCCAAUGGCCAAGACCAAUGCUUUGAGGAGAGAAAUUGCAGAUUUUUAUCAGGAUGAACAAGAGAAAUUUUAUGAGAGUUGGGAGAGAUUUAAGGACUUGAUCUUAAAGUGUCCUCAUCAUGGUUUUGAAACAUGGAGACUAGUACAAUAUUUUUAUAAUGGUUUGACUCAGACAAAUCGUAACAUGAUUGAGUCCAUGAAUGGUGGUGGAUUUUUGAGUCUUAGGGAUGAUGAGGCAUACAAAUUUCUUGAGAAUCUGUCAGAAAGCUCACAACAAUGGGAUUUUUCCAAUUGUAGAGAGAGAUCUGCCCCUGCAAUUAAGAAAGGAGGAUUGUAUGAAGUUAGUGAAGAUUUAGACAUAAAAGCUAGUUUGGACAAUCUCACUCGUAAGGUUGAAGCUUUAGCUUUAGGUAGAGGGAUGAAUUCUGUCAAUCAAAUUCAAAGUGAAACAUGCUCUAUUUGUGCAAGUCCUAUGCAUACAACACAAAUGUGUCCUUCCACAGUUGGUUACCCUGAUUUUUAUACUGAGCAAGCAAAUGCAUUGAAUAAUUAUGGAAAACCACUUGCUAGUCCAUUUUCAAAGACAUACAAUCCAAAUUGGAGGAACCAUCCUAAUUUCUCAUGGAGGCAAAAUCAGCCUCCCACAAAUGUAGGUGGACAACAAGUGCAUCAACAAAGUCAAUUUCGUCCACCUACUCAAGCAUAUCCUCCCAUUCCUCAAUCAACACCUCAGUUUGUAGCACCACCAAGACAACAACCAUCUUUGGAGGAGCCUCUCAAAACUUUCAUGCAAUCAACUAGCCAAGCCAUUCAAGAGAUGAAAAGUUCCACCCAUUUGAAUACUCAAGCUAUUUCAAAGUUGGAAAAUCAAGUUGGCCAGUUAGCAACCCAAGUUGGAGAGAGGGAAAAAGGAAAGUUUCCUAGUCAACCUAUACCUAACCCAAAAGGGCAGUAUGCAAUUAAUGGUUCUUCUAGUUCUACUCAUGCACAUGAAUCUGUUCAGUCUAUUACUACCCUUAGGUCUGGUAAGCAAGUUGAUAAUCAAGUGAAAAUGCCAGAAGUGGAGGAUGGUGAAAAUAUUGUGUUAAAGGAAAAGGGAACUCAUAGUUCACAAGAUGAUCAUAGAGAAAAGAAGGGCAACUCAACCUUAAUUCCAAUUCAGGAUCUUAGUUCUCCCCUUGAUAGGAGGUUUGUUCCUAAAGCUCCAUUCCCUCAAAGUUUAAUCAGUCCUCAGAAAAGUGCACAAUUUGGAGAUAUUUUAGAGGUUUUUAAGCAAGUGCAAAUUAAUAUUCCAUUUCUUGAUGCAAUUCAGCAAGUUCCUACUUAUGCCAAGUUUCUAAAAGAUCUUGUGACAAUGAAGAGAAAGACAAAUGUCCCUAAAAAGGCAUUUUUGACCGAGCAAGUCAGUUCAAUCAUCCAGAAUAAAUAUCCAGUGAAAUGUAAGGACCCAGGAUCCCCUACAAUUUCAUGCAGGAUUGGGGAUCAUCUCAUUGAGCGAGCUUUGCUAGAUUUGGGGGCAACUGAUAGGUCUGUGAAAAUCCCUAGAGGUAUUGUUGAGGAUGUGCUGAUUAAGGUGGAUGCGUUCUAUUUUCCUGUUGAUUUUGUUGUGUUAGACACUAAGCCUGCUCUAAAUGCCAGUACACAAAUCCAUGUCAUUUUGGGUCACCCUUUCUUAGCCACAUCCAAUGCUUUGAUCAAUUGUCGGAGUGGUGUGAUGAAGAUUUCUUUUGGGAAUAUGACUGUUGAGCUUAAUAUUUUUGACAUAAGUAAGCAAGUACUAGACAAUGAGGAUAUAUGUGAGGUUAACAUGAUUGGGAGCCUAGUCCAUGAUACUUUCCUACAAUCAAGUUGUGAGGAUCCCCCAAAGGCUUGCUUAACCCGUUUUGAUUGCAAUUUGGAUACUGAAAAAUCAAUUGAGGAGGUCAAUGCAUUGUUGGAUUCUGUUCCUCUCUUAAGUAUUGAUAGCUGGCAGCCAAAAGUGGUCCCUUUCCCACUUUCUUCAUCCCCAUUCCCAUCUAUUAUAGAACCACCAAAGUUGGAUGACUUUUGGGAACACCAGUUGAUAAGUAUACCUCAAGAGCAUAAGGAAGCUAUAGGUUGGAAAAUUGUUGAUAUUAAGGAUAUUAGUCCCUUUGUGGUUAUGCAUAGAAUUCACUUGGAAGAGAUUGCUAAAGCUUCUCAACAUGUUUUUGACCCAGCUGAUAUUUGA